AUGCUCUACCAGCGACCCAAGGAUGUAACAGUUCUUCCAUCCUCCUCUCCUAGUGUUCUUCCAUCCACCUCUCCUAGUGUUCUUCCAUCCACCUCUCCUAGUGUUCUUCCAUCCACUUCUCCUAGUGUUCUACCAUCCACCUCUCCUAGUGUUCUUCCAUCCACCUCUCCUAGUGUUCUUCCAUCCACCUCUCCUAGUGUUCUUCCAUCCACCUCUCCAAGUGUUCUUCCAUCCACCUCUCCUAGUGUUCUUCCAUCCACCUCUCCAAGUGUUCUUCCAUCCACUUCUCCUAGUGUUCUUCCAUCCACCUCUCCUAGUGUUCUUCCAUCCACCUCUCCAAGUGUUCUUCCAUCCACUUCUCCUAGUGUUCUUCCAUCCACCUCUCCUAGUGUUCUUCCACCCACCUCUCCUAGUGUUCUUCCAUCCACUUCUCCUAGUGUUCUUCCAUCCACCUCUCCAAGUGUUCUUCCAUCCACUUCUCCUAGUGUUCUUCCAUCCACCUCUCCAAGUGUUCUUCCAUCCACCUCUCCUAGUGUUCUUCCAUCCACCUCUCCAAGUGUUCUUCCAUCCACCUCUCCUAGUGUUCUUCCAUCCACCUCUCCAAGUGUUCUUCCAUCCACCUCUCCUAGUGUUCUUCCAUCCACUUCUCCUAGUGUUCUUCCAUCCACUUCUCCUAGUGUUCUUCCAUCCACCUCUCCUAGUGUUCUUCCAUCCACCUCUCCUAGCGUUCUUCCAUCCACCUCUCCUAGUGUUCUUCCAUCCACCUCUCCUAGUGUUCUUCCAUCCACCUCUCCAAGUGUUCUUCCAUCCACCUCUCCUAGUGUUCUUCCAUCCACCUCUCCUAGUGUUCUUCCAUCCACCUCUCCAAGUGUUCUUCCAUCCACUUCUCCUAGUGUUCUUCCAUCCACCUCUCCUAGUGUUCUUCCAUCCACCUCUCCUAGUGUUCUUCCAUCCACCUCUCCAAGUGUUCUUCCAUCCACCUCUCCUAGUGUUCUUCCAUCCACCUCUCCUAGUGUUCUUCCAUCCACCUCUCCUAGUGUUCUUCCAUCCACCUCUCCUAGUGUUCUUCCAUCCACCUCUCCUAGUGUUCUUCCAUCCACCUCUCCAAGUGUUCUUCCAUCCACCUCUCCUAGUGUUCUUCCAUCCACCUCUCCAAGUGUUCUUCCAUCCACCUCUCCUAGUGUUCUUCCAUCCACCUCUCCUAGUGUUCUUCCAUCCACCUCUCCAAGUGUUCUUCCAUCCACCUCUCCUAGUGUUCUUCCAUCCACCUCUCCUAGUGUUCUUCCAUCCACCUCUCCAAGUGUUCUUCCAUCCACCUCUCCUAGUGUUCUUCCAUCCACCUCUCCAAGUGUUCUUCCAUCCACCUCUCCUAGUGUUCUUCCAUCCACCUCUCCUAGUGGGAGGAAGCUGAGGUGUAGUCACCGAAUAUAA